AUGGAAGCCCUUGCAAGCUCUGCGUUUGUCCCGGAGACGCACCCAGUUCUUCACAACCCUACUUCAAUCAGAACACCAAAUAAGCGAAGUGGGUUUCUCAAAAUCAGUCAAAGUUCUCAUUUUGUUGGGCUUCGGGUUCAAGCUCUCUCAGGGGAGGCUUCUGGGUCCGGUGACAGUGAAGAGAUCAGGCCCUUGAAUAAUGGGUUUGGUUUAGUUUCUGAAGAGAUUCGCUCUUUGUCUCAGGGUAAUUUAAAUCAGUCUGAUAGUAGUGAGAAGAAUGUGAGUGAGGCAUUAAAUUUAGACAUGUCUCUUUCACCCCCGUCUGCAAAUGGAGCAGCAGGGGGAACGAGAGCUGGGCUCUUUAGAACUCCAAUUUCUGGCGGGGUGCAGAGUGCAACUUCAGCUCAUGGGUUACCUCGACCCGCCUUAGCUGUACGCAAUCUUAUGGAGCAGGCUAGAUUUGCUCAUUUGUGCACCGUAAUGUCGCGCAUGCACCAUCGACGAGAAGGAUAUCCAUUUGGUUCUCUGGUUGAUUUUGCACCUGAUUCUACCGGGCAUCCUAUAUUUUCGUUUUCACCAUUGGCCAUCCACACACGGAAUCUGUUAGCUGAUCCAAGAUGCACACUUGUUGUGCAGAUUCCUGGAUGGAGCGGCUUGUCAAAUGCAAGGGUAACCAUUUUUGGUGAUGUCUACCCACUUCCAGAGCAUCAACAGGAAUGGGCUCAUAAACAAUACAUAGCAAAACAUCAACAGGGGCCUUCUCAACAAUGGGGAAACUUCUACUACUUCAGGAUGCAGAACAUAAGUGACAUAUAUUUCAUUGGUGGAUUUGGCACUGUUGCUUGGGUUGACGUCAAAGAAUAUGAGGCCCUUCAGCCUGAUAAGAUUGCAGUUGAUGGAGGGGAGCAGAACCUGAAGGAACUUAAUGCAAUCUUUUCGAAGCCCCUGAAAGAGCUUUUAUCUGCCGAAUCUGAGGUCGAUGAUGCUGCUCUCAUAUCCAUAGACAGCAAAGGAACUGAUGUUCGGGUCCGUCAGGGUGCACAGUUCAACAUACAGAGGAUAUCAUUUGACGAAGGCCAUUCUGUCGAGACGUUAGAGGAAGCCAAGGCUGCUCUUAGGAAACUUAUAAACAAAGGCCGAGUAUUUAAGUUAUAA